AUGAACGAGUUUGAGUCAACAAGUCAAGAAAAUGAUUCAAAUACUAUUCCAACGGAACAAGAACUUGAACAACCUACAACAACUAAAAAGCGUAAAAAAACACCACCAACCACAAAAUCAAAAGCAAAAACAAAAGCAGAAAGUGAAACAAGAAGAUUAGCUCAAGCAUCAAGAACUUUAAAAGCAUGUUCAUUAUGUAGAAAACAAAAGACAAGAUGUUUUAGAUCACCAGAUCAUCCAAAUUCAUGUUUACGUUGUAGAUUUAUCAAUAAAUUAUGUUCAUUUGAAGAAGAAAAUGGGAAUGUAAGUACUGGAAAUAACGAUGAGUUAAACUUAGGUCAUAAUGAUUACACGGGUGAUCAAAAUGAUAAAUUAAGAUUAAUAUUGGAUAGAGUUAAUGAUAUUUUUAAAAUUGUUAAAAAUAAUAAUAAUAGUAAUACUGAAGAUGCAAAAUUAUUAUUAGAUGCUGCAAGUUCAAUGCAAAAUACUUUUGUAAAUUCAAGAUCGAAUUCAAUUUUAAAUAUCGAUGAAAUUGAUCAAAAUAUACCAGAUUUUCAAAAUUUAAAUUCAGUUCAUGUAUCAUCACCUUUUGCUUUAAUAAGAAAUGAAAUGCGAAAUAGAAAUUCAUGUCCUAUGAAUAUACAUAAUUUGUAUGAAAAAGCACCUGACACAAUUGCAAAUGUUAACAGACGAAAUACUUUAUUAGAUUUGGGUAUAUUGACUCAUUCAGAAGUAAUUGAAUUAGUAGAGGGUUUCAGAAGGAAUUAUGGAAGAUGGGUUUCAUUUCCAAGUAAAAUACCAACAGAUAUUUUGAUGGAGGAAAUCAAGUACAAAUCACCAUUAUUAUUAACUACUUGUUGUUGUAUAAGUUUGAGAUAUUCAUUAGAUAGUGAUGAUCAAAAGGAGAAUCGUCAAAAAUACAAACAACUAAUAAAUGUGUUAAUUCAAGAUUUAAAUCAAAGUUUUUUAAAGUGUACUUCUUUUACAAGUAAUGAUAAUGGAUUUGUUGAGUUUUUACAAAGUUUGGUUGUAUUAAGUAUAUAUUCAACUUCAAUAUCGACAUUAGUCUCAAAUCUAACCGAAGAUUAUCAAUCUAGUGAUUCGAAUUUAAUUGGAUUUAGUUUGGAUCCUUAUCAGUUAUCAAGUAUUGGGUUGACUUCAUUUUUUACAAAAUCUACAUUUCAAUUAUUUUCUACAAAGAAUUCAUCACCACCUUAUGAAAAAUUGACAAUUCUAAGGAUAUAUAAUCAUUUAUGUUUGGUUCAUGUAAUCAAUUGUUUGUUUUCAGGUAGAAUGUGUAUUUUGGAUGAUACAAGAAUCAAUUAUUGUAAAUCAGCAUUGUCAUUAUUUAAUGCAACUAAUUUUGAUGGUAGAAUGGUAUCAGAAAUAAAUAUUUUGUACAUUACAUAUAAAUACAUCCAACAACAACCAGAAAAUAUAGACACCAAUUUCAAAAACGUUCAACAAGAAGUACAAGAAUGGUUUAUAAAUUGGGAAUACCUUUUGCAACAACCAGCUUUACAAUUUGUUGAAUUUAAUUAUAAUUUUUGUUCAAUGUUGAUUUUAUUUAUUUAUUGUUUUCAUAAAUGUUCAACUACUCAAGAUAGUCUCAAUGUUUAUAAUGAUUUAUUUCAAAGACCUGAUUUAAUUAAUCAUGUUCUAGUGAAAAGCUCACCUGAUUUUUUAUUAGAGAUUUUUAAAUUUGCUAAAAAGACAAUUGAUCAUAUUGAAGGUAUUGCAAAUGAUUCGUAUUUUGCUUAUUUAUCUGAUCAAAUACACUUUUGCUUUUACUUCAGUGGAAUAUUAAUAAUCAAGAUUUUAAAAUUAGCCAUGGAUAAUCAAUAUACACAAUUUAAUGCAAUAAUUAAUAAUGAUGAUAUUGAUGGCACAUUAAAUACUCAAUUUGAUUCACUUUGUAAAUUAAUUGAAAAAUUCGAUAAUAUAUGUAUGUCGAGUUUAAGAAAUGAUAUAAUUUCAGUAUACAAGUCUGGACUUGAAGAGAGUCUUUAUGAAAAUUUUCAAAUUUGGGAUAGAGUUUAA